UGGAACCCAGCUGGCACUCUCAGACGUACCCCAGUCUUCGCUCAAAGCCUAAGAUGCCUUCUUUCGACACCUACAACGCAAAGACAACCAGCAUCAGCGACCCAUGGCCCGCCACCGUCAACGGCGUUGAGCGCAUUGCACUUUCUGCCCAGGGUGACCUCCAACGAGUGCUGAGGUCGUUCUUCGCCCGCCCAAUCGUCAUCGCCCUCGUGUACUCCCACACUAUGCGACAGGCCUCGCUCCAGUCCGCACUCGAGCCGGUGGCGCAACCCACACCUGCAAUCAUUGCUUCUGCCUCGCCGACCUCGCCUAUCAUCCAGACGCGCCAGGUGCACCUCCAGUGCGCAGGCAAGAUCGUAUGCACGGCGACCUCGACCGUGCGCAUCACGUCACCGGAGUGCGCCCAUCUGUUCCUCCAGGAGAAAUACGCCAUCGGACAGAUGUUCCGCCGUCUGGAGAAGGUGCCUGCGUUCGAGCUGCUCUCAGUCGGCCUGGGUGCAGUGACGGAUGACCAGGAGAAGGAGAAGGGCGGCUUGAAAAUGUCGACGUCGACGUCCAUGCCCACGUCCAUCUCGAUGAGUUCGCUCAAUGGCAACCCUCCCGCCAGCCUCGCGAACCAGCUCUGGAGGAAGUACACGCUCAUCAUCCCCAAUUUCGAGUGCGAGAUCCUUGAGGUGUUCCCCGACAGGAAUAUGUUCCUCGGCGGCGAGAAGUGGCUGACGGGCGAGGAGAACGAGGAGAAACAGGCCGUAACGGAGCUGCUUUCCUCCAUGAAGACUGGCGACGUUGCCUCGACUGUCAACCGCGGUCUGCAGGCCACCGUUGUCGUCGGGUUCCUGCUCAUGCUGGCGUUCGAACUCUCCAUGUACGCUGGGGGACGAUGGAGCAAUUGUUGAG